CCUCUACGAAGUUUGAUCUUGUUCUAGUUGUAGAAUAACCGCGGAGCUGUUUUUGAGACAGAUCUUUUUUUGACUAGGUGUUGUUAGUGUGAAAUAACUUUGGUUUUCAAUCUGUUAAAGUCAAACACUCAACACUACGGCUCGUAUUGUUUAGGCUGAGAGCCAGGCUGCGAAAUGGACAGAUAUGAUCUAAGUGGCAGACGUGCAGCCGUGAUCAUGUGCGGUGAGGGAAGACCGGGCUCUGAGUACGAUGUUGAGAGAAUAAAGGCGCUCUGCAAACAGAAUAAGUUUCCUGAACCUAGUUAUAGUGUUAAAUGCAAAACUAAAGAGGACGUAACUGAUGCACUGAAGUCAUUUCGAAACAACCUGAGCGACGACGUCAGUUGCCUCGCAAUGUUCAUCAUGGCCCAUGGUGGACUUGGACACAUUGAAGUCAACGACGAAGAGAUUCUAGAUCUGGAAGAUAUCUACAAGAUGUUUAGCAACAGCCAGUGUCCAGCCCUCCGUGAGAAACCCAAGCUCUUUGUUGUGCAGGCCUGUAGGGGAGUGAAGGGACGUCCUAAAGACCUUUACACAGACGGAGGUAGAUCUUCAGGCGCUGUCUCAAAAAAGUUGCUCCCCACGGAGUCUGACUCCAUGGAAGUGUAUGCAGUGCCUCCAGGAAAACUUGCCAUCAGACACCCGGACAGAGGAUGCCCAUUGUUUGAAGAGAUGCAUAACGUGUUUACGAAGGAUUCAGUAGCUACCCGUGAUGUGUAUGAACUCUUCACAGAGGUGAACCAACGUCUGGGUCAGAGGAAGGACCGUAGAAAGGACGGAUACGAACAUGAUUUCCAGCCAACACCCAGAGUCAUCAAGACAAACCUACAGCCAGUAGAUAAAGAGGAUUCAUCUGAUGACAUAGGGCGUUCUCUUCAUAUUGUGAACAAUCUGACCAAGAAGUUGUAUCUCUGAUAGGGAGAUGGGAGGAGGUACAGUAAGAGGAGGAGGGGGGGUGAGGGUUAUAAGCACACUCUGAGUGUUGUAUAUCUGGGUUCAAAGGGACAUUCACUUUUAAAAUCGCAAGAUUGACGUCAGUUUAUGUUGAUGUAUGGCCACUACGAGUGAAAAUAUUGAAAAUAAUCAACCUGGAUUUUCCAAAAGUAUCUUAAGUCCAUGUUCAUCUUAAGUCGUGUUCACGUUGGCAGUUUGAACAGCCAAAAAAGCACAUGACAUCAGAUAUUUCAGCCACAUACUGAUUUAUGGCCAUGAAUGUAUAACAUGUAUGUGUGAAUGUAUUAAUUAUCCUAACCUGCUACGUUAAUUCUCCCAACCUGCUAUGUAAACAAUAAACCGACCCGCGGUGCACCUGGCUAUGGCCGGUCUCACCAAAAACGCAGCGUUGAUGUUACACCCAUACUCAUUGCUGUUGAUCCACCCAAUUAUUUUGCAACGCCCAUCUUCAGACACACUCCACGCAUGCAGUUACGGUUGCCCAAGCCUCUCUCUAUGCCCCUCUCGCUAUGAUUAUGCGCUAUGAUUAUGCGCUAUGAUUAUGCGC